AACAAUCCAUUAGCUCAGGAUGAAGCAUUAAAAUUGGAUCUCAUACCUUACCUUCUAGACUUACUGUCUUCUGAAACAGAUAUAAAAGUUUCUUCUCGUCUUUUAUACGCUUUAUCCAGUGUAGUUCGUGGUAACAAAGAGUCAAUACAGUCUAUCAAUGAUAAUCAAGGAUUGUCACGGUUGGCAACUGUAUACCAAAAAUUAGACAAUAAUGAUUUCCGUGCAAAAUGUGCCGUAUUCGUUGCCGAUUUUAUAGAUCCGAAUAUGUUCAAUAUUGUUCAUAACAAGUUUAAUCUUUUCGAUCAAACUCAUCAUGAUAUUGUUUCUCCAUUUGAGUAUGUCAUCGAAAUCUGGUGCAAUUUACUUCAGGAUACAUUAUUCGAUGAUAUGGGCAAUGAUAAGGAAAUCGAUUUUGAUACACGUGAAAAAAUACUUAGCGGAAUAUCCAUGAUCAAGAGUCAAUAUUCACGUCAGUGCCCUAUUCAUAUCGGAUUUAAAAAUUGGUUAUCAAAGCAAACUAAUUCGGAUAGUGAUGAAUAUUUAAGUUUAGUUAAUCAAGUCAAAAUCCAAUAUGGAUUAACUUGA